AUAUCAUAUCCUAUAAGAAAUUAUAGUCCAUUUUUUUUAUUAUUAAUAAUUAUAGUCCAUAAUUUUUAUUAUUAAAUUCAAAUAAUCACCAAUUCAUAAUAAUCAAUAAAUAAUAAUCAAAAUUCAUAAUAAUCACCAAUGGGAAGCCUGCAUUCGAAGGAUAUACGUAAUGGAGUCCAAAGUUGCAAAAUGAGUAAAAUUAACAAAUACAACAGUUUAUCGAAAGAUGUUCGAUCAAAUAAGAGUUUUUUCCAUCAAUCGAGUUAUUUAUGUUAUGCUAUUGGAGACCUUGAUGCCAAACAUAAUCAGUUGAAUGACAGACUCCAAAGCAGUACUCAUUUAGUCUGUGACAAUAAUUCUUCGACGAUGUCGAGUGUUCAAAGGGAUCAACUUGGUCAACGGGGACAUGGCGAUGCUAUGUGUUCUAAUUUACUUCGCGGUCUUGAUCAUCUAAAAAAUCCUCGAUUGAAUAAGGGAAUGGCCUUUUCUCUUCAAGAGAGACAAAUAUUAGGUAUUCAUGGUCUUCUUCCAGCAGCUGUGAAAAGUCAGGAUGAACAACUAGAACUCUGCCGUUUAAAUCUGGAUCGUUAUGAUAAUGAUUUAUCAAAAUAUAUAUAUCUCAUAGGAUUAUUAGAUAGAAAUGAAAAGCUUUUUUAUCGUUUAUUGGAACAGAAUGUAGAGAAAAUGAUGCCUUUGGUGUAUACACCUACAGUAGGUUUAGCAUGUCAGAAAUUUGGUCUGGUUUACAGAAGACCACGUGGUCUUUUUAUAUCUAUACACGAUAAGGGUUAUGUUUAUGACAUUUUGAAUAAUUGGCCUGAACAUGAUGUAAGGGCCAUUGUUGUUACUGAUGGUGAAAGAAUAUUGGGAUUGGGUGACUUAGGAGCAUAUGGAAUGGGAAUACCAAUUGGAAAACUAUCUUUAUAUACUGCUUUGGCUGGAAUUAAACCUCAUCAAUGUUUACCAAUUACUUUAGAUGUUGGUACAAAUACUCAGUCAUUACUUGAUGAUCCUCUCUAUAUUGGCCAUAGGCAUAAGCGUAUUACUGGUAAAGAAUAUGAUGAUUUUCUGGACGAAUUUAUGGAAGCUAUCAUUAAAAGAUAUGGACAGAAUACUUUAAUUCAGUUUGAAGAUUUUGGAAAUGCUAAUGCAUUCAGAUUACUUAAUAAAUAUCGUGAUUAUUACUGCACUUUCAAUGAUGAUAUCCAAGGAACUGCUUCAGUUGCUGUAGCUGGUUUACUGGCAUCUCUUCGUGUUACGAAUACAAAGUUAUCAGAAAAUACAAUUGUCUUUCAAGGUGCUGGAGAGGCUUCAUUAGGUAUUGCAUGGUUAUGUGUUAUGGCAAUGCAAAAAGAAGGUAUUAGUAUAGAAGAAGCCAAAAGUAAGAUCUGGAUGGUUGACUCAAAAGGAUUAAUUGUUAAAAAUCGCAUAAGUGGUGGAUUAACAGAGCAUAAAUUACAUUUUGCUCGAGAUGAUAAGCAUAUAGAUUCUUUAUUAGAAGUUGUCAAAUAUGCAAAACCUACAGUACUUAUUGGUGCUGCAGCAGUUGGUGGUGCUUUUACCACAGAAAUAUUAGAAGAAAUGGCAAAUAACAAUGAAAAACCUAUAAUAUUUGCUCUCAGUAAUCCCACAAGCAAAGCAGAAUGUACUGCUGAACAAGCAUAUAUUGCUACAAAGGGAAGAUGUAUAUUUGCUAGUGGAUCACCAUUCGCACCAGUAACAUAUGAUGGUAAAACUUUUUAUCCUGGCCAGGGAAAUAACAGUUAUAUUUUCCCUGGUGUUGCAUUGGGUGUGAUAUGCUCUGGUAUGCGCAUCAUUCCUGAAAAUACAUUCCUUAUUGCUGCAAAAUCAUUGGCCAAUAUGGUUUCUAAUGAAGAUUUAGAAAAAGGAAAUCUGUAUCCACCAUUGCAAGAUAUUCAAAAAUGUUCAUUAACGAUAGCUGUUGAUGUGAUGAAAUAUGGUUAUGAAAAUGAUAUUGCUACAGUUCAUCCUCAGCCCAAAGACUAUAAAGAAUUCAUUAAAGCACAAUUAUAUGAUACAACUUAUAAACCAUCAAUUCCUCCAAUAUAUAAUUGGCCUAAUUUGUAAUUUUGACUAUCAUCGUGUUAUAUACGAGGUUUUAAUAAAAUCUGAAUAGAUCGAUUGUUUGAUGAACGCGAUAUUUAUAUAAUGGUGUAUUUUUUUUUUUUAUUUGUCAUGAUAUUGUAAGAAUCUGUUGAGCAGGUUCGAAUAAUAACUAUUAUAUGUAUAUGUAUGAGCUAUGUAUGAAUGUG